CUUGAUCAUUGGACAACUGACCUUUUACCCCAUAGCCCACAGACCAAUAGAACUUGUUGGUUUUUGGUUUUUAAAUUACCAAAUAACCCGAUGGAUGAGAAGCAGCAGCAGGAAGUGUAUCAUGAGAAACAAAGAUUGCAAUUUUGUCUACUACACUCCCUUAACAAUCUUUUCCAGGAAAAGGAUGCAUUUACGCGGGCUGAUUUGGAUGCCAUUGCUGAAAAACUUGUUCUUGAUGAUCCAACUAGGGGAAAAUGGACACCUUUAUCUCUUAUAUUCAAGCCUCACCAUAAUGCAGUUACAGGGAAUUAUGAUAUAAACGUGUUGAUUGCGGCACUUGAAGGGAAGGGGAAGAGGGUUGUGUGGCAUGAUCGGAGAAAUGGAGUGGCUUCUCUUGAUCUUGAUGGAUCUCAAGGCAAGUUAAUGGGUAUUGUGCUCAAUGUACCUGAAAGAAAGUAUGGGGGACUUUGGAGAAGUAGGCAUUGGGUUGCUUUGAGACGGAUUGAAGGGGUUUGGUAUAAUUUGGAUAGUGAUUUAGCUGUUCCUUCUACUUAUAAAGAUACCGAGGAAGUUAGGGAAUCCUUGGAUAGAGCCAUCUCUGGCGGUGCCGAGAUACUGCUUGUAAUGUUCCCAGAAAACAGUCCUCAGCCAGUCCGUAAACCCGAUGCUGAUGUCAGGGAAGGAUCAGUGUUCAACAAGCAAAACUCUAGUAGGAGAGGUGAAUCGAAGUUGACAGGAACCUGCAGAUUUAGGUUGCCGGGAAGACUGGAAUUAUUGCCAAUGAGAUAUAUUCAGAAUCUCGGUCACAAAGUUGCUGCAGCUCUGCGUUUGGUUUCCAGGAGGAGAGGGGGUGAUUUCAAGGAGAGAUCUUCGUCAGGACGAGCAAAGCCUUUGGUGGCUCCAGUAGAUUCUCAUAGAGCUGAAGCUAUCGAUGAAUGCAUCGAGUUCAUUAAAUCCUCAAACUCAGUCUCUCAGAAAAUGAACUCAUCCUGAUCCUUGUCCUAGUUCAACAUGUAUCUCUCUUCCCAGAUAAUAUUAUUGGGAAUAGAAUUAGAAUAUAUUUACCCUUUUUGAUGUACUUAAAACUUGUACAACAUAAAUAAUGCAGAUUUGUAUAUCAAUAUAUUA